AUGAUCCCGCCCUUGACUUCUGCAACGCCCACCCCCAAACGCCGAAUGUGUCGGCGGUCUCUUGUUCGGCUGCAGGACCUGUCUUUCCAAUAUGUCCGUUCCUUGGAAGCUGGCCCGCAGGGUCGCCACACGUCACUGAGAAUUACCGAUCGAUCGAUUCCCGUGGCGACGACCAGAUCCGUCCGUCAUGCCGCUCACAACUCUCUGCGCUUUGCGGCCAAACGUGUUGCAUCUUCCCUAGUUUACCCGUCACAGUCUGCCCUCGCUUCUCAUCGCCCUUACUCGCAAGACUGCUCACAAAACAUUGCUCGAGAAUCAAGCCGUUUGGACGCUGCAGGCAUGGCCAGCGCAAAUAGCACCAAAUCUGAAGAGAAGCCAGUGGACAUCCUCAAUGAGGAUGUGCCCUCGGCAGAAAGCAUGGCUUCCCUGGAUCCAGAAUCGGAUGUAGAGAUUCCACUUGAGGCGGAGGAGCUAAAGGAGGCCCUUGGGCGUCCGCCUCCAGUGCAUAGCAGCUACCUUCCUCUUCCCUGGAAAGGCCGACUGGGAUAUGCCUGCCUAAAUACCUACCUCCGUUAUUCAACACCCCCCGUCUUCUGCUCCCGCACUUGUCGCAUUGCCUCGAUCCUUGAAAAUAGGCACCCCCUUCAAGACCCCGAUCAGCCUUCGCACCCGGUCAAGAACCGCCCGGACCGCGAUCAACCUGCCGAUAUUGCGCGCGGACAAGCCUUCGUUGAGGGGCUCGGAUUAGCAAAUGCGCGCGACCUAGUAAAGAUCAUCCGCUGGAAUGAUAAAUACGGCAUCAAAUUCAUGCGCCUGAGCAGUGAGAUGUUCCCAUUUGCAAGUCACAAGGAAUAUGGAUAUAAGCUUGCGCCAUUCGCGUCGGAAGUCCUAGCAGACACAGGACGAGUGGUGGCGGAGCUUGGACACCGAGUGUCAGUUCACCCGGGGCAGUUCACACAAUUUGGGUCCCCAAGGAAAGAAGUGAUAGAGAGCUCUUAUCGCGAUCUUGAAUACCACUCGGAGUUGCUUCAGUUACUCAAACUGCCUCCGCAGCAAGAUCGGGACGCAGUCAUGAUCCUCCACAUGGGCGGAGUCUUUGGCGACAAGGCAGCAACACUUGAUCGGUUCAGAGAAAACUACGCGUUGCUGUCCCAGGACAUCAAGAACCGGCUAGUCCUGGAGAACGACGAUGUGAGCUGGUCUGUCCACGACCUCUUGCCUAUAUGUGAGGAGCUCAACAUCCCUCUUGUCCUCGAUUAUCACCAUCACAAUAUUAUUUUCGACUCGAAUGAGCUCCGCGAAGGGACCGAGGACAUCAUUCCCCUUUAUGAUCGUAUAGCGGCAACGUGGACCCGCAAAAACAUCACGCAGAAGAUGCAUUACUCUGAGCCGACGGCCGCCGCUAUCACCCCACGGCAACGACGCAAACACAGUGAUCGUGUCGCAACUUUACCUCCAUGUGCUCCCAUAAUGGACUUGAUGAUAGAGGCCAAGGAUAAGGAGCAGGCCGUGUUUGAGUUGAUGCGAACCUUCAAACUUCCCGGCUACAAUCUUGCCAACGAUCUACUACCCUACAUUCGCACCGACGAGAAUCAACCGUUCAAGCCACCCAAAAAGUCUAAAAAGAAAGGGGGCUUCGUGGACCUGGAAGGCACCGUACCCCCGCCUCGUAUCAUUCCCGACGAGGAAGUUGGGAUGGGCGGCCCCGAUGGCAGAGUCUACUGGCCAAGGGGGAUGGAAGAAUGGCUUCGGCCAGCCAAGAAGGUUGUGAAGCCCAAAGCCGCACCGAGUCCGAAGAAGACCACUAAGCAGGUAAAAACGGAAUGUGUUGCUGAUGAUGUCCCCCUGGAUUCCACGGUCAAGAUAGAGACCCCGGUGAAAAAGACAGCCAAGACGACCAGGCGUACGCCUCCCGCUAGCAAAUCUCGCGGUAAACGAAAGGUCGCGGAGCUUGACUCUACACCAGAGCCUGAAGAGAGUGGCGAAGUAGAUACUGCUUUGACUCUCGCAACACCCUCUAGGCGAACUUCUCGCGCUAAGAAAGUGAAUUACACUGAAGACAUGGUGCUACUCCAUAAAUAUCGCCACCUAGACGCAACAGUUAGAAUUCUCCGACAGCCGAAGCAGGAUUCUGCGGAACGCGGUGAGCACCCGGAUAAUCAUCGUCAUGGGCGAUCUCUUUCCCCGCAGGUUAUCAGGUUAAUCCUUCUUUUAUUCGCAUUUCCUUCAAACUUCCACCUGGGCAUCGAACCCCUCGAGACACUGGCGCCUAAACCUCAUUUCCGCUGGCUCACCCUACGGUCGAGGUCCCUCUUCAGGCGCCCGCCUACCACUCUCUUCCCUCCUUUCCCACGCGAGCCUCGACCUGGCAAACUCGCUCGUGUACUCCGUCUAUUGAUCGGCCCGCUCGCAACCAGACGAGCCCAUUCCCGUCUUUGGGGAAUCCGUCACGAAACUAUCCCCGCUAUCCGACAUCGGGCCCAAUCGCGGGUUUACCGAGCGCUCGUCCAGCGACAGGCGCGACUUGCUGCGCGCGAUACGAGACUUGGAAGUCGCCUUCUUACCUAUCUGCUAGGGCAAAAGCGACGCCGUAAGACGUGGAAUACUACUGCAGGAACCAGUAGUCCGGAAAACGCAUACCCGAAGGCGAUCCGAGAGCCCCGCCGCGGGUCGAACAAUUCAAUGGCGCAACCCGGGCUAUCGUCAACAUGGGGAACAAGCAGCGGCGAUGGUGCCGCUGCCCCUGGCAGCCGUCGCAAGAAAGUCUAUGAAUAUUUCAAAGCGGCGAACGAGCUCCGCCAAGCCUAUACUUCACAGUGGGCUGGUCAGAGGAACGAACAUGACGAGGAUUACUACAAUACCCCUGGCGCCUUUCCAGAUGUCGAGAUCGCACGCUCAGGCGACGAAGAGAUGGUUCUUUUCCCCAGCUAUGCUAGAAAAUUAUCCAAAAACAAAAACACCGACAGCCCCCGCCCGCGACGUGAUUCGUGGUCCGAGACUAUUGACGAAUACCGUGGGGCCGCAGCCGCGGAGGACGAUGAUCUCCCAGCGCCUGCGUGGGACGAGACGGAAACAGAGGAUUCGGUUGUGGCCGUUGAUGUGCGUGGCUGGAUCUACGCUCCUGGUCGAGGCCCGCUGAGCCGAAAACAUAGAUUGAUGAUCGCUUUGGCCAGGAAACUGAGUGGGAUUCCUGCGCCCACCGGAUCCCCAAAUGACGAAAUCGACGAGAAAAUUUCGGGCAAAGGAGAAGAUGAAUAUAUCGACAAGCAGAUGCAGUCGCUUGUCGAAUCAGCCGUCAAGGACGCAGAUCCAGCCUGGAAAAGCUCCAAUGCGGACCGGUCACAACAACCUGCAGCUCCAUUGAGCAAGGACGAAUUAACUGUGGCAAAUGCACACCUCAUGGAAAGACUUCGUCCCUUCCUGACUAACCCUGUUGCCAGCAUGCCUGUUACUGUGUUCUUUUUUGAUGAAAAUGAGAGCAAGUCCAGGAACAUCACGACGGAUGAGUCGGGACAUUUCACCCUUCGUGCUGCACUGCCAUUUGUUCCCACACAUAUCCGUGUGUUGGCCUCUGAAGACUUGUCUGCUGCUCGACCGAUACAGAUUAUUGAGCCGACCGGAAUCAGCUUGAUCAGUGACAUUGACGACACGGUGAAGCACUCUGCCAUUGCCGGUGGUGCCAAAGAGAUGUUCCGCAACACAUUCAUCCGUGAACUGGAUGACCUUAAGGUCGAAGGAGUCAGCGACUGGUACGGAAGUCUUGCCAAGCAAGGUGUGCAGAUUCACUAUGUCUCAAACGCACCCUGGCAGCUCUACCCUCUGCUUGAACGGUAUUUCAAGAUGGUGGGCUUGCCUCCGGGAUCUUUCCACCUCAAGCAGUAUUCAGGCAUGCUGCAAGGUAUCUUCGAGCCCACGGCAGAGCGAAAGCGAGGAUCGCUAGAGCAAAUCCUGCGUGAUUUCCCCGAACGCAAAUUCAUUUUAGUCGGUGAUAGCGGUGAAGCUGAUCUAGAGGUAUAUACUGAGAUUGUGCUCGCAAACCCUGGCCGGAUCCUGGGAAUCUUCAUCCGCGAUGUCACGACUCCGCAUACCAAGCCAUUCUUCGACAAAUCCGUCAGUCAAUUUACCCCGUCCAACCGCAGUCGCAGCUCGCCCGAUAUCAAGGACCGAUCAGAUGAGAUGUCCAACAGGCCCCAACUGCCGCCUAGGAGUGGUACGACUGUUGUUUCGCCUCCAGUGCGCCCAGAACCGGAUCCAAAGGACCUUGAACUAGAAGAUUUGAUUGAUUUGACCGAUCUCAUCAUUGACGACAAGCCACCUCCGUCCGGGCUUACACACCCUACCACCCCACGCCCACCUCCAGUGAAGCCUAUUAAGCCAUCUGCACUGCGCAUGGUUUCUACCCCAGCCGACCUGGCUAGGGCUGCCAGGCCCUCUUCUCUACGUCAAGUCGCCACGCCCUCCGAUACGACCGAGAAUGACUCUAAACCGCCUCCGCAGGACGCUCCGAAGCGCAAGGCAGUCCCCCCUGUGCCGCCUAAGCGUGGUUCUGCGUCCAAGGCAGAGUCAGAUCCUUCGCCGGGAAUUUCUCGAAGUAGCACAGCGGCCUCAGGGAACGACCUCCCUUCUUCGUGGCUCAAAGGUCUCGAUAACGACAACAGUCAAACACAAGCCGCUCGCGCUAAGCCCCCACCACCUCGUCCACCACCCCGUCGAACAAACACAGGGUCAUCCAUUGCCAGUGUAGAUCAGAGUCCAUCCGCCACGCCAAGUGGAUCGACAACUCCUACACCUGCCGCUGCACCUGCAAGUGGGAUACAAUCCUACCCUGCUGCGGCUGCCCAGGCCGCCUACCAGGGAUUCCAAUAUGCAAGCGACCGCCUCAACUUCUCGGGAUCACCCGUUGGUGGAAUUAAGCACUCAUCUACCGAUUCCGCCGUCCCGCCUGCGCCGCUCCCUAACAAGCGUGAGGAGCUCUGGCGACGCCGCUGGGAACGCGCAACGGAUGUAUUAGAGCAGCAUGGGGUUGUGUUGGGCAGUUGGCGGGUCGGAAGCGAUGCCGAGCCUGUUUGUGAGUGGUUAAUUGAGGAGGCGCUCGAAGAUAUGAAAUCCAGUCGCGCGAAAAAUCACCAGUGA